AUGGCCGUCGCCAACGCCGUCGACGCCGCCAAGCAGUGGGAGUCGGACCAGCUGGUGGAGUCUUCGUACAUCAGGGAGCUCGGCGACGACCUGAGCAUCAUCCACCUCAGGUUCGGCGACGCCUCCUCCUCCACCACCACCAGCCGGCGUCCCGCCCGGCCCGCCCGGCGCCGGGACCUGGUCGUCUACGAGCGGCGCCAGGCCAUGGACGACGGCACGCUGGUGGUCGCGGUGGCCGCGCUGCCCAAGGAGAUCGCCGCGGGCCUGCUGCCCGGCGGCGGCUCCGUCGUCGUCGGCCGCAGCCUGCUGCUGCAGUCCGGCUGGGUCGUCGAGAGGCUCGACGGCGACGCGGGAUCGUGCGUCGUGACGUACGUUGUGCAGCUGGACCCGGCCGCCGGGUGGCUGCCGCGCUGCAUCGUGAGCCGCCUCAAUAGCAAGCUCGUCAUGGUCGUCGCUAAGCUCAGGAGGAUCGCGCAGGCCACCGUGCCUGCCGCCGCCGCCGCCGCCGCCGCCGCCGAGGUGUGA